AUGUGGUCAGUCCUGCUCGUCUUCCUGUCCUCUCUGGACAGAAACCUGGUCAAAGGAGGAUUAGUAAGCAGUGCACUUGACGCAAUGAAACCGGACAAAGAAAGUUUUUGCUCCAAAGUCUCGUCAGUUCAAGGACUUUUUCUGUAUGAAGUAUCCGAUGGAGCAGAAGUGGUGCGCUCGCUGGUGACCUCCGCGGGUGCGCUCGUGGACUGCUCUAUCAAUAAGAAUCCAGAGCAGGUGAUGCUUUUUACGCGCGAGUGCAAGGCGGGACACAGAGAUGACACCGUAGAGCAGCAGGACCACGCAGCCUAUCAGCGCAUAGAUGAAUCCAGGCUGCUCUGCCAGCGCUUCCAGCAAAGCGAGAAACUCACCUCUACGGACCAAGCGCAUAGACGAGCCAAGCGAGGCUUCACCUAUCCCGGGACCCUGUGGUGUGGAGCGGGGAACAUGGCGGAUAAUUACAAUCAACUAGGUGAUUUUGCUGAAACUGACAGCUGCUGUCGAACCCACGACCACUGCCCUCACGUUAUCCACGCCUUUUCCUCCAACUAUGGCUAUACAAAUUUCAAAUGGCACUCCAUCAGUCACUGCGACUGCGAUGAAACACUCAAAGCAUGCCUGAGGAAAGUGAACGACACAUCUUCCAGAGUGGUUGGGCAAGCUUUCUUCAAUGUCAUUGAGGCUCCCUGCUUUACAUUUGCAUAUGAAGAGCAGUGUGUCGAGCGCCACUGGUAUGGCCUGUGUAAACGAUUUGAAAAGCGCCCCAUUGCGGUGCUCACAGACGCCGUCCCAUACGACUUUGGAGGAAUUGACAUCAUUGAUGAGCUGACGGUAGCUCCCUCCAGGAAAAAAGAUUCCAAUAAGAGUGGAGAGCAGGUGCAAUCUGAGCCGACCUCACCGUCUCCAGUGUCAGGCUCCCAGAGCAGCAGUCCUGACGAGCCCUCCCUCAGAAACGUGAUGACGGCUGCAGAAGACUUCAUCAAAGUCCUGGCCACUGUGUCCACUUCACAGAGCUCCACAGCUGACUCUGACAAAGGCGACUCACCGAGUUCAGAGAAGAAGAAGAAAAAGCCCUCACAAAAGAAAAAGAAAACUAAAAAGACAAAAGGAAAGGGUAGAAAGAAGAAGAAGCAGGAAGCAGUGGUGAAAAUUGAAGACGGUGGUGCAGUACCGCUGUCCAGUCCCAAAGAGGAGGGAGCCACUGGUCUGAGUAACUUUAUCAGUGAGCCUCAGUCACCAGAGCAGAUAGGUAGAGUAUCCAACAAGGUGAGUGAGAAUGAAUAUGAGCUGGGAGUUAGAGAGGAAACAUCCAAUGAAGUCAUGAAAGAUGAACCAGCUCUGGAGCAGGAGGCCAUUUCUGUUACAUCACCAAGACCCAUCAAGAGGAAACCUACAAAAAUGGGUUUUCUCUCCAUAGUGUCCAGCACAAGGAGUUUACACAGAGCUAAAGCUAAGUGGUUACGAAAUAGACAGAAGAAAGUUAAAACUGUUCCUACAUUUCAAUUAGAAACCACAUCUGCAUCAUCAAAGCCACAGGACCAAAGCAUUGUGAACACAUCUGAAAGGCCACUCAUUGUGAACACAAGUCCAAUUGAAAUCUCUGAAGUCAAAAAGAACAGGUCAAAGUUGAGAAAAGAGAGGGAGGAGAGGAAUAAAAAACAAAAAGUAGUGAAUGAAAAUGUUGAGGACAAUAAGAAAGAGGGCACUAGCCUUCUGACAACCACCCCAGGGCAAUUUUCUCAGGACGUAGAGAGAGGCAGGGUCCAUGUUACGCCUCUUAGCCCAUCAUUUAGUGUGCUAAAAAGACAAAGACACAGGUCAAAAGAGAAAGGGAUCAGUAAGAAAAAGAGGAAAGGUCAGUCUCUUUUAAAUGAACAUUUGUUUGAAACCACGGAGGAAGAGGUUAUUCUUCCAACUCCAAGUGGGGCCCAGAUCAGUCCUGCUAUCACCACAGAAAUAAGUCGGUUAAUGGACAGCACUCAACUAACCACCUCAUGGCAGGUUUUUACUACAGCAAACAUGCCUUCUGUCAACACUAAGAGACUUCCGAACAAAAAACGUGGAAAGUUGAAGAACAGAUCCAACUUCACAACUUUAAGUGAGCCCAAACUAUUCACAGUUACAAGACCCCCUUCUAAACCAGCAGUAGUUAAAUAUGUUUCAAUGACAACUGAUAACUUUUGGUCACCUCAAUCCACAACCACCUCUGCUGUCAGCGCCCUCAGCCCUAUGCAGUUAACUAUUGAAAAAGUGAAAGAGCAAUUUGAGAGAAAGAGAAAAAGGAAAGUAGCUUUGUUUUCAGCUUAG